AUGAGGGGGGAAAAUGUUACCAAGGUCAGCGCGUUCAUCCUGCUGGGCUUCCCCACGGCCCCCGGGCUGCAUUAUGCACUCUUCCUCCUCUUCCUGUUCACCUACCUCUUUGUCCUGGUGGAGAACAUGGCCAUCAUCCUCACCGUCUGGAGCAGCACCUCCCUGCACAGGCCCAUGUACUACUUUCUGGGCGCCCUGUCCUUCCUAGAGCUCUGGUAUGUGUCUGACAUUGUCCCUAAGAUGCUGGAUGGCUUCCUCCUGCAGCGCAAAUGCAUCUCUUUCAUGGGGUGCAUGACUCAGCUCUACUUCUUCAGUUCCCUGGUGUGCACUGAGUGUGUGCUCCUGGCCUCCAUGGCCUAUGACCGCUACGUGGCCAUCUGCCACCCGCUGCGCUACCAAGUCAUCAUGACCACAGGGCUGUGUGUGCAGCUCGUGGUCUUCUCCUUCGCCAGCGGCUUCACCAUCUCCGUGAUCAAGGUCUACUUCAUCUCCAGCGCCACGUUCUGUGGCUCCAACAUCUUGAACCACUUCUUCUGCGACAUUUCUCCCAUCCUCAAACUGGCCUGCACCGACUUCUCCACCGCAGAGCUGGUGGACUUCGUCCUGGCCUUCCUCAUCCUGGUGAUCCCACUGCUGACCACCGUUCUCUCCUAUGGACACAUCAGCCUGGCCGUGCUUCGCAUCCCCUCAGCCACGGGCCGCUGGAGAGCCUUCUCCACCUGCGCCUCCCACCUCACUGUUGUCACCCUCUUCUACAUGGCCAUGAUCUUCAUGUAUGUCCGGCCCCAGGCCAUUGACACUCGGAGCUCCAACAAGCUCAUUUCUGCAGUGUACACUGUCCUCACACCCAUGAUAAACCCCUUGAUCUACUGCCUGAGGAAUACAGAAUUUAAGGACUCCUUGAGAAAGGCCUUGGGCUUUGGUCAAGCUCCGCAGUAGGACAGUUGCGUAUCCUAGAAUCUAAUUUAUGUUGAUACAAGAUUUGUUACACAGAUGCACUUUACAUUUUAAAUGAAAAUAACAAAACUAC